AUGAAGUUGCUUUCACUUCUCGUUGCUUCGGCAAAUGUCGUUCAAGCCGCUUUGAAGUGGCAAAAUGUCCGCCUAGGCGGUGGCGGUGGCUUUGUUGCCGGUAUUGAAUUCCACCCAACUGCCAAGGGCGUUGCAUACGCCCGAACCGAUAUUGGAGGGCUUUACCGCCUCAAUUCGGAUGACUCUUGGACACCAGUGACUGACAACACCGCCUCCGACUCAACAUGGAACCGCUGGGGCAUUGACGCAUUGGCUCUUGACCCUGCCAACCCUAACAAGGUUCUCACAGCUGUUGGCCUGGACCCUAACAAAGGUGCUAUCGGUAUCAGCAAUGAUAAAGGUGCUACCUGGAGUUUCACCGAACUCCCCUUCAAAGUAGGCGGUAACAUGCCCGGUAGAGGAAUGGGCGAGCGUCUCGCCGUUGACCCCAAGAACUCCAAUAUCAUCUACUUCGGAGCACGAAGCGGAAACGGCCUUUGGAAGAGCACUGAUGGCGGAAAGAGCUUUUCCAAGGUCACCUCUUUCACCAAUGUCGGCACUUUCAUCCCCGAUGCUAGCGACACCUCCGGAUACAACAAUGAUAUCCAGGGCCUAGCCUUUGUCACCUUUGAUUCUACUUCGUCACUUGUCAACGGCGCUACUUCAAGAAUAUUCGUUGGUGUCGCUGAUACCAAGACCGCUUCGGUCUACGUGUCAACUGAUGCCGGCAAGACUUGGAACCCUGUUGCUGAUCAGCCAAAGGACUACCUACCCCACAAGGCUCAGUUUUCAGCCAAAGAAAAGGCGCUGUACCUAUCUUACAGUAAUGGCUCUGGCCCGUACGAUGGCACCAAGGGUGCUGUCUACCGUUAUGAUGUUGCUAAAGGCACUUGGGCAAAUAUCACACCACCUGGAGAUAUCUACUUUGGUUUUGGCGGCUUGUCACUUGAUAAGCAGAAAUCUGGAACUCUGAUAGUCGCUUCUCUCAACUCUUGGUACCCCGAUGCACAGAUCUUCAGAUCUACAGACUCUGGCAAGACAUGGUCUACGCUGUGGAACUACAACGCGGCGGGUAACCUGGACUACCACUAUGGUAUCUCCACACCCAAAGCGCCCUGGAUCUACAAGAACUUCAUUUCUGUCGAUACCAAGCGUUUGGGUUGGAUGAUCGAAGCCCUUUCCAUCGACCCGCUGGACAGCAACCACUGGCUUUACGGUACAGGCCUGACCCUCUACGGAGGCCAUGACCUUACCAAGUGGGACAGCACCCACAACAUCACCAUCGAAUCGCUAGCCGACGGCAUUGAAGAGUUUGCAGUCCUCGAUCUUAAGUCCGCACCUGGAGGAAGCGAGCUCUUGGCCGGCGUCGCCGACGACAGUGGAUUCACGUUUGCUAGCAAGAACGAUCUCGGCAAGUCACCCCAGUCUGCGUGGGACAACCCCAUGUUCACGAGUUCAGUCAGCGUUGACUAUGCUGGUAACAAGGUCGGCAAUGUUGUUCGAGCGGGUAACUCUGAUACUCCAGCACAGCUUGCUCUGUCUACCGAUGGGGGUAAGUCAUGGAAACUCCAUGGUGCUGCCGAAGCUGGCCAGAAGGGUGGUUCCUUGGCAUACUCUGCUGAUGGAGAUGUUGUUCUCUGGUCAUCCGACAGCAAGGGUGUUUUGAGAUCGGCGAAGGAAGCGGCUUUUUCUACAGUGAAGGGUCUAUCUUCAGGUGCCGUGAUUGCUAGCGACAAGCGCGACAAUAACUACUUCUACGCUGCCUCUGGAUCAACAUUCUUCGUGUCCAACGACACAGCUUCCAGCUUUACCAAGGCCGGCUCUCUAGGUUCCGCCAGCAAGAUCCGCGACAUUGCAGCGCACCCAGCAAAAACCGGCGAAGUCUGGGCAUCCACCGACGUUGGAGUUUUCCGCAGCACCGAUUACGGCAGCACUUUCACCAAAGUCGGCAGCCUGACUACUGCUGAGCAAAUUGCUCUUGGUCGUGGCUCUGGAAGCAACUGGAACGUGUAUGCUUUUGGUGCAGGCUCUGCUGGACGCAAGCUGUACGGUAGCUCUGAUGUUGGCAAGACUUGGGUGGAUAUCCAGGGGUCGCAGGGAUUUAGUGCGAUUGACUCUUGCAAGUUGGCUGGUAGUGGCAAUGAAGCUGGGUUGGUCUAUGUUGGAACGAACGGUCGUGGUGUUUUCUGGGCACAGGGUUCUAUUUAG